ACCUUCUGCACUACAGGCUACAGCUCAGUUCGGUUCAGUUCAAAGACACAGCAAUGGAGGAAGACAGCACGAAAACGGCGUUCCACGUUGUCGUUUUGUACAAACAGCUCUUAGCCGUCAUGUGCGCUGCCGCUGCUCUCAAUUACCAAUGAUGGUGACCUGCUCAGAACACCGGCUGUUCGCAUUCCGAUGACCUGCAAACGGGAAUCGAGGAGGAGGAUUUGUAUUGUAUUGCAGUCAUUGUUUUGUACCUGAAUUAAGGUUUUUAUGGUAUUUUCCGCAUCUGAAUUUCUGAUUUGUCCGUCGGAUCUUGCUUUGCUUCACUUCGCGGCUGUGUUGGUUGAGGAAUUGGUGAGUUCCUGCACAGAUGAACUCGAUGUGUCCCGAUCUGAGGGGCAGACUUCAUCCGGAGACGAUUGAUUACUUCGACCGGCUUCCGGACGCCUUGGUCCUCUCGGUGUUCAACAGAAUCGGCGACGUCAAAGCCUUGGGCAGAUGCUGCGUCGUUUCGAGGAGGUUCAGGUCUCUCGUUUCGCAAGUAGAAGACGUAGUCGUCCACGUUGAUUGCGUCGUCUCCGACGACGCCGCACCUUCCACCUCGUCCGCCGCAGCAACGGACGAUUCACGGAAUCCGUUUACAGCCUUCUUCCGCAUCUUCUUCUCCGGACUCUCCCAACCUUUUCAAUCUCUCGCGCAGCUGAUUGCUCCUACCGCUUUUCAUCUCUCGUCUCUCGCGAAACAUUUGGAUGACCAAAACGACGUCGUCACUCACCACUCACCGGCUCAGGUCUUGAAGAACUUCAACGGUAUAAAGUUCCUCAGAAUUGAACUUCCUGGCGGAGAGCUCGGUGUUGAUGAUGGUACUUUGCUGAAAUGGAUGGCCAAUUUUGGAUCUACACUUGAUAAUUGCGUUGUUCUCGGGGCUUCCAGCAUCAUUCAGAACACAAUCGAUGGCCGCGACCAGAGUCUAGAAGCUUCCAAUGUCAUCACCGCUGGAAACGGCAAUGAGGAUUUUGUCAAUGGAUUGGAAGACGACGGAAGCAUACCGGAAUCAUUCUACACUAACGGAGACUUGCGAUUGCGCGUAGUCUGGACAAUUAGUUCGCUAAUAGCAGCCUCGGCAAGGCAUUAUCUACUGCAGCCGAUAAUAGCAGAGCAUAGGAUGCUCGAUAAUUUAGUUUUGACAGACGCAGAUGGGCAGGGAAUGUUGUGUAUGAACAGAGAGCAAUUAGAGGAGCUUCGAGUAAAGCCUCUGUCAGUUUCAUUGGUGUCGAACAGGACUCUUGUUCCUGAUCUGAGCAUGAGGUUGUGGUACGCCCCACACUUGGAGCUGCCGAAUGGUGUGGUGUUGAAAGGGGCAUCUUUAGUAGCAAUCAGGCCUAAAGAGACGGUGGUGACGGGCUUGGAAGGAAUCGGGGCUGCAUCAGCAUUCGAAGAGCCUUUCGCGGCUGCUGCUAUGAUGUUGGUGAAGAGGAGGACUUAUUGCUUGGAGAUGAACUCAUUUUGAGUGAGGUUCUCUCUGUUUAGUUCUUGAAAUGAGGUUUUACAAGAAGCUCAUGGAUACAGUUUUGAAAUGAGCUGAGUUAACAAAAGCCAACACAGGAGGGUUUAGGGCAAACAAACAAGGCAUGUAAAUAUUGUUACAUGUGAAUUGUGAUGGUGAUGGAAGUGAGGGAAACAGCUUAUUAGUUAAUCAACACCACAUUAUGCUUAUUAAUAUACUCAGUUGUUGAAAUAUAUGACCAAAUAUUGGUGCUGCACAUGUUUUAACAAAAAUAAGUAAUAA